AUGGAAGGCCUCAUCCACAGUAGCACGGCCGGCCAAUUGCUGCGUUGGAUCACCAGAAACAAAGUCCUACCAUACCCCGAGGAGCAACCGGAUUUCCAAUGCCCUCAUUGCUACGCCGAUGGGGCUGUCUCUCCGACGCUCUUCACCCACGAAGCAGACAGCGAGAAGCCCGAGUCUGAUGCUGAUGCAGACGAUGAAGGCGAGGCUGCCACUGAGAAUGCCUCCAGAGCAGAAGAGCUAAGCCGGGUGCCUUCGAUGGCGGACGUGGAAAAGGUUCGCUCUCAAUCGGACAUGGCUCGUCUCUACUCGGCGGCCACGCAGACCGAAGCCCUGCAAACAGCUCCCAGCCGACCCAUUGCUCCCACCAAGACCGCCGAUGGUACUAUCCUGGUCGACUGGUAUACCACGCAUGAUCCCGAGAAUCCGCAGAACUGGUCCUCGGGGAAGAAGCUGAUUACCGUCGCUCAAAUCUACCUCUACACGCUAGUCGUCUACAUGGGCUCGUCCAUCUACACGCCCAGCGCGCCUCAGAUUCAAGCCCGUUUCGGUGUCUCCGAGACGGCUGCCUCCUUGGGUCUGGCCUUGUAUGUCCUGGGAUAUGGAGUCGGACCCAUGCUCUUUUCCCCGCUCAGUGAGAUUCCCAGCGUUGGACGCAAUCCACCGUAUAUCAUCACAUUCGCCCUCUUCAUCGUGUUUAGCAUUGGGGCUGCGGUCGUCAACACAUUCGGCGGGCUCCUCGUUCUUCGCUUCCUCCAGGGCUUCUUUGGCAGUCCAUGCCUUGCGACAGGGGGUGCCAGUAUUGGUGAUGUGUACAGCUUGCUAAAACUACCAUACGGCCUCACCACCUGGGCGGCUUUUGCCACUCUGGGUCCAGCUUUGGGGCCCGUCAUCUCCGGUUUCAGCGUUCCUGUCGAGGGCUGGCGCUGGUCAUUGUGGGAGACGGUCUGGAUGUCCUCCCCGAUUCUCGUGGUCAUGUUCUUCUUCCUCCCCGAGACCUUUCCUGACGCCAUCCUACUACGCCGCGCACAGCGUCUCCGACGAGUAACAGGCAACAACAAACUCCUCUCCCAGUCGGAGAUCAACCAGAAGCAGCUCACCGUCACCGCUGUCGCCAUGGAGGCACUCUACCGCCCGUUUCAAAUCGUGGUCCUCGACCCGGCCAUCCUCUUCGUCAACGUCUACACCAGCCUCAUCUACGGAAUCUAUUACUCCUUCUUUGAAGUGUUCCCCUCCAUCGCCGUCGCCCUGGCCAUCGCCGUGCCGCUCUACUUCCUCUACCUCAACAAAGUCUUCGAGCCGGAAAUCCGAACCCAAGGUCUCAUGUCCCCGGAACGACGACUCAUCCCAGCCCUAUUUGCCUGCUUCCUGCCCCCGAUCGGACUAUUUCUCUUCGGCUGGACAUCUCGUCCCUCAGUAUACUGGAUCGUCUCCGUGGUCGGGAUCCUAAUCUACACGAUCGGCAUAUUCAUGGUCAUCCAAUGCAUCUUCAUCUACAUUCCCAUGACGUACCCGCAGUACGCGGCGAGUCUGUUCGCAGGUAAUGAUCUCAUGCGAAGUGCGCUAGCCUGUGGAGCGGUACUGUUCGCGCGUCCACUAUAUGUGAAUCUGGGUGUCGGUCCAGGCAUCAGUUUAUUAGCGGGCCUCACAGUGGGAUGUAUUGCGGGGAUGUUUGCCCUUUAUUAUUAUGGAGCGGCGUUGAGAGCAAGAAGUCGCUUUACGGCGAAAUAG